AUUUUAUGGUUCGCAUCACGUCAAGACGUGAAAAUAAUAAAGCAUUAGCUCUAUCGGAAACUGUCUUUCAUCUUAACCGAUGGUUUGCCAAUCAUAAAGGAACAACACAAAAAAGAAAUAAAUCAAAAAAUUUGACCCAAAAAUGGACAGCCCAAAAAAAAAUAAAAUAAACUUAGCAUUGACAGGUAUAUCGCUCUACUUGUACCUUUUCUUUCCUUUUUCUGUUCUUGUAAGAAACAAAGCUAGGAUAGAAUGAAAACGUCAGUGGUGUUCUCUGCCAUUGCCUGCUUCCUAUCAGCUACUGCUACGAUCAAUGCAUCUCCAGCAGAGGAGAACGGAGUUGCACCUGACAACUCUGUCUCUACCAGUGUUCUUUCUUUGACCUCUUUUGACAAUUUCAAGGAAGCCAUUCAAAGUCAUGAUCUCACCAUGGUCAAAUUUUUUUCACCCCAAUGCCGUCCCUGUCAGUCGUUAGCACCUGAGUUUGAGGCUGCAGCCAAGACCAUCCAAGAAUACGAUAACAAUGACCACUUUUUAUUAGCAGAAGUGGACUGUACAACCCACGGAGAAAUGUGUGCUCACUACCAAGUCAAUAUAUAUCCUACGAUGCAAGUGUUUAGAAAAGGCCAGCCUAUCGACAUUUAUAGUGACGCUCAUACUUCACAGCGUAUCGUGGAAUACAUGAAUCAUCGUUUAGAGUCCGGCUUAUCCGUCAUCAACAACAAAGAGGAACUAGAACAGCUGAAAGAAAAAGAACCGUUAUUAGCCGUCGCGUACGUGAAUGCCAAUGAUAAGGAGAUGAUCCAACGAUGGUCUGCCCUGUCAGACAAACUCAUUGACGACUUUGCUUUUGGUAUCGUCAUUGUCGAUGAGAAUUCAAAGGAAGACAUACAACAGAUGUACCCGUCACCACAGGCAGACCUGCACAGCACACCGACAGUUGUUCUUAUGAAGAGAUUUGACAAGGGUAUGGAUGUGUACGACGGCGAUACUAACGAUCCGGCACAAAUGGAAGAUUUUAUUAAACUCAAUAGUAUUCCUCUUCUUGGGGACAUCAACCCUGAUACCUUUAUGGAUUAUGUCGAUGCGGCCCGUCCCUUAGUCUAUCUCUUUUCCGAUUCUGACGAAAUGAAAGCUCAAUUGACGGAACAAUUGAAGCCGUUAGCAGAAAAGUAUAAAGGCGUUUAUGCUUUUGCGCAUAUUGAUGCUAAAGUCUUUGCAUCGCAAGCAGGCUUCUUGGGUCUCGAAAAUAACACAUGGCCCGCGAUAGCUAUUCAUGAUUUUAAAACAGGCGGCCGAUACCCUUUCAAGGCGCUCGCCGCUGAUCAUAUUUCCCUAUCACCCUCCCUGCAUGACGACCUUGACCGAUUUCUGGACAAAGUCCAUCAAGGCGAUGUGCAUGAACUCAUCCGUUCGGCAGCCAUACCGGAUCCGCACGUGAAUGAAAAUGCGCCCGUCAAGACAGUCGUAGCCAAAGAGUUUGAAAAGAUGGUGAUGGAUCCUACCAAGGAUGUCUUGAUUGAAGUGUAUGCUCCUUGGUGUCCACACUGUCAAAACUUGGCUCCCGUCUACCAGCGUUUGGGCGAAAUCGUUCAGGAAGCCAACCAUAAGGACGACACCGGUAUUGUGAUUGCUAAAAUGGACGGUACGACGAAUGAUAUACCUUUGUCCGCCGGUUUUCAAGUGAAUAGCUAUCCUACCAUCAAACUUUUCAAAGCAGAAACAAACGAAAUGAUUGAUUAUACGGGUCCUCGUACACUACGUGAUUUCGGGAAAUUCAUCUUGGAGCAUGCGACAAAGCAGAAUUUACAGAUAGAUCUGGAUGGUCUGGAAAAGCCAAACACGGACAAAGAAAAUUAUCCUCGCGAGGAGCUCUAAAUAACUUUAUCAUUUAUCGGGGGGCUUCAUUGUAUAGAAAAUGGCGAAAGAAAAUAAAAACUACAAAAGUUCGGAAUAGAGGGGAACUCACAAGAGUUGUUGAUAAUGGUGAUGUAACCUAUGUUGAGAGAGGAGUAUCAAUGUUCUGUGAGAAGCGACACUUACGCUGUACGCGAAGGAUGCAUGGGAUUUAUUAUUCUUUUACCAGCAAAUGCAAUAUUGUCGG